AUGUCUCAAGUCCAAGUCAAGCAAGAAAAGAACGUUAUUGACCCCGCCGAAGUUGAAAACAGGAUCAAGGCGCUGUGUCAGCAGUUCCCUCAAGGCAUCACGGAUGAGGUGAUCCAAAACGACAUGCCUCACCUGGAAGCGCAGCAGAGGGCCGCCGCCCUCAACAAGCUGCUCUCGGUGGGGGUGCUGGAUCUCCUGAAGAACAGCAACGGUCUCCUCUACAGGCUGAAGGACACGCAGACGGCCAGCAAGAUGAAAGGCUCGGACAACCAGGAGAAGCUGGUGUACCAGAUCAUCGAAGACGCGGCCAACAAGGGCAUCUGGAGCCGGGACAUCCGCUUCAAGAGCAACCUCCCUCUGACGGAGAUCAACAAGAUCCUCAAGAACCUGGAGAGCAAAAAACUCAUUAAGGCCGUCAAAUCCGUGGCGGCGUCCAAGAAGAAAGUGUACAUGCUGUACAACGUGCAGCCCGAUCGCUCGGUGACGGGCGGCGCCUGGUACAGCGACCAGGACUUUGAGUCGGAGUUCGUGGAGGUUCUCAACCAGCAGUGCUUCAAGUUCCUGCAAGGAAAGGCGGAGUCUGCGCGGGACGGCGAGAGAAGUCCGAUGCUGCGGCGGAACGCUUCCUUCGCCACCUCGCACCAAGUCUGGAAGUACAUCUGCGAGCUCGGCAUCAGCAAGGUGGACCUGUCCAUGGAGGACAUCGAGACCAUCCUGGACACGCUAGUGUACGACGGCAAAGCGGAGCCCGACGUGAUGGCGGCCAAGGAGGGAACGCCGGGCUGCGUGGACGGACGUCUCAAGCUGUACCGCGCCGUUGAACCCGUGCUGGCGCCCGCCGCCCUCGUCAGGACGCCCUGCGGACUCUGCCCGGUGUUUGAAGACUGUCACGAAGGCGGCGAGAUCUCGCCAUCCACCUGCGUCUACUUGGACCAGUGGCUCGAUUUCUGA